UCACAAUAAUGACUGAGGUUGUCUCUAGCAUCCUCGGACCUCUUGGGCGAAAACUAGCUUCAAUGGCUUUCGAAGAAAUUCAACUGAUGUGGGGCGUCGAGGAUGAUCAAGAGAAGCUUAAGAACUUGCUAGAGAUGAUCGAGAAGGUGCUCACCGAUGCUGAGCAAAAGCAAACAACAAGUGAUGCUGUGAGGCUUUGGCUAUCCAAACUUAAAGGCUUUUGCUACGAUGCCGAUGACGUGCUAGACGAAUUCGAAGUCAAGGCCUUGCAGAGGAGGGCAAGGAGGACUGAGCAUUUGACCCUUCAAAGGAGGGUACGCUACUUGUUCUCGUGGUUAUCCAACUUCAUCUUCCAAUUUAAGAUGGCACACAAAAUGAAAGAAUUGAGGACGAGACUUCAUGAAAUCAAUAAUGAGAAAAAUGAGCUUCACUUGUCGAGUAAUGUUCCUGACAAAAGUAUAGUUCAACGGAAGGAAACUCAUUCUUUUGUGCUUGUUUCGAAUGUGGUUGGAAGAAAUAAAGACAAGCAGAGGAUAAUAGAGCUGUUGAUGAGAACAGAUGAUGAUGGAGCUAGUAAGAUAGCUGUUGUUCCAAUUGUUGGAAUAGGAGGUAUUGGAAAGACUACUCUUGCUAAAUGGGUUUACAUGGAUGAUAGGAUAAGCAAGCAUUUUGAUCUCAAAGUUUGGUUAUGCAUGUCAAUUGAUUUUGAAGUUAAGAAGAUAAUAAGAGACAUCAUUGAGUCUCUUAGUCAUGAAGCAAAAUGUGAUAGUUGGAGCCUUGAAAAGCUGCAAAAUCACCUAAGAAGCAUUGUGGAGAACAAAAGGUGUUUGUUUGUAAUGGACGAUGUGUGGGAAGUUAGUUGGGAAAAUUGGGAAGGACUGAGAGAUUUGUUAGAAGUUGUUUCCAAAGGGAGUAAAGUCAUUGUGACUUCGCGGAAUAAAUCGAUCACCUCAAUUAUGGGCACUGUCCCCCCGCAUAAUUUGGCCAACCUUUCACAGGAGGAUUCUUUGACUUUGUUCAUGAAGUGCGCCUUUGAUCAAGGGCAAGAGAAGUAUCACCCAGACCUAAUGGUAAGCGGCAAGGAAAUCGUGAGCAAGUGUGCAGGGAAUCCUAUGGCAGUGAAGACAUUGGGAAGCCUUUUGCAUUCAAAAACCGACCAGAGGAACUGGGAAUCUAUACGAAAUAGUGAGAUAUGGCAAUUACAAACUGAUAUUUUACCUUCAUUAAGAAUAAGUUACGAUCUAAUGCCUUCUUACUUGAAACAAUGCUUUGCUUAUUGCUCCAUAUUCCCAAAGAAUUACGAAUUCAACAACCUUGAGUUGAUCCAACUGUGGAUCGCAAACGGGCUUAUUCAAUCCAGCGGAAAUACCCAGGAGCUGGAAGAGAUUGGACAACGGUAUUGGGAGGAGCUGUGGUCGAGAUCCUUCUUCGAUGAUGUCGUGGAAGACUAUCUGUUCCUCAAGUUCAAAAUGCACGACCUCAUACGCGCACUUGCCAUUUCGGUGGCACAAAACGAUUCAUCCAACGUGAACAUGCGCACGCAGGAUGUUUCCUCGACCACCCGGCAUUUAUCAUUUUCUGAUCCGUCUAUUCUACCAGAAGAUGAACUACCCGGCUACUUGAGCGAACUCAGCGGCAUUCGCACCAUCAUGUUUCCAAUAAAAAGGAGGGUUCCACUGGGGAGUCCUUUCUGGAGAUGUGCAUUUCGAGAUUCAAGCACUUGAGAGUGCUAUAUCUACAUGAUUCUAGCUUUGAGCAACUGCCUAAUUCAAUCGGUGGUCUAAAGCAUUUGAGGUUUUUCCAUUUAUGCGGCAACCGUAAUAUCAAGAAACUCCCCAAUUCGAUAUGUGAGCUCCACCAUCUGCAGAGCUUAGGACUUGCCCGAUGCGAGGAACUGGAGGAAUUGCCUGCAGACAUCAAGAAUAUGAUCAGCCUCCGCUUUUUGGAUGUAACAACAAAACAGCGGCGAUUCCCGGAGAGCGGAAUAGGAUGUUUGACCUCUCUGCGGUGUCUAUUCAUUGGAGAUUGCAAGAAUUUGGAGGCCUUGUUCAAUGACAUGCAAUCUCUCACGUCGCUCCGUAAGUUGUUCAUUGGAGGUUGUCCAAAGUUGACAUCCUUACCACAAGACAUCAAGAAUCUGAAGGCAUUGGAGAAUCUCUGGAUUUGUAACUGCGAGAACUUGAAGCUGCAAGAAGGCGGAAGUGAUGAACCACGCUCCAUGUCGAGGCUUCAAUCCAUGAUGUUUGUGGGAUUGCCAAAGAUAGUUUCUUUUCCCAGGUGGCUCAAAGGUUCUGCAAGAACAAUGCAGGCAAUCGAUGUUGCGCAUUGUCCCAACUUGAGUACUUUGCCCGAUUGGCUGCAAAAUUGUUCUUCUCUCAGAAAACUGAAGAUUGAAGACUGUCCAAAAAUGUCCUCUUUACCAGAUGGCAUUCGCCACAUUCCCACAUUGAGAGAGCUGUGGAUAGAUGAUUGCAGGGAAUUGAGCAGCAGAAUUGCUGCUAGAAGCGGUGAAGAUUGGAGAAAGAUCGCUCAUAUCCCGGAGAUUUACAUCGACAAAAGGAAGAUGAAAUGAAUUGAUUAAUCGCAACUGUUGCACCAUGCCAAUGGAACCCUGUUGCAUUGCCAGUUGAAAAUUCCUUUGAGUUCCAGAAGAAAGAGUUUUGAUUUUUGCUCAUGGAAGAUCCUACUUUCCCAGCGGUGCUGAAGUCCCAUGCUCAAGAUCAAGAAAACACUGUUUGGUUGAUCAAUGUCAAUGUCUGUGAAACUCCAACUCCACGACUUUCUUUCUUCUUAUUGUUUGUCUUCUUUUCUGUUGUGUGGUGUGCUCCAAAGAUACCUGUAUGCCCGUGUCAGCUUUGUUGUCUUCAGAAGUUCUCGGUGAGAUAAAAUUGGAUGAUGCAUCCAAUUCGAAUGAUUGUAUUUGGUGACUUUCGGUCAAUUUCUUUCAUAAACAAUGUAAGUCGAAUUCUUUGAAAAAGU